CUAAAAUCCCGCGUUAUUGCUGCCUCCAAAUUUUUACAUUUUUCAACGAAAUUCUAACACAACCCUUAAUAAAAGAUAUCCAAAUGUUUCAACCAUCGAAAUAAAAUCUCUCUAUCUCCCUUAAACUCAGAAUUCAAAAAACCAAUUUUUGAAUAAAGCCUAUGCUCACUCUCUUAGAAAAUUCUCUCUCUCUCUCUCUCUCAAAAACUUUCAUGGAGUCCAACAACAACAAAAACUUAGAGACCAUCAAAUUCCUCUACAGUUAUGGCGGGAAAAUCCUCCCUCGCUACAUUGACGGCACUUUUCAUUACAUCGGUGGCCUGACACGUGUCCUCGCCGUCGAUCGCUCUAUUUCUUUCACAGGUUUGUGUGCUCUUCCAUUUUCAUAUUCGAUUUUUGUGAAUUCAUUUGGUUUUUUGUGAAUAAUUAAUCAAUUUUUUUUUUUUACUUGUUGUUGUUACUGAGUUGAUGGUGAAGCUCAGAGAGUUCUGUGGCUCAUCGGUGAAUCUUUGGUGUCAAUUGUUGACUGGCGACUUGAAGACCCUAAUUUUGAUCACGUCCGACGAUAGGUUGAGGCGCAAUGGUCGGCGAUCCUAUCUCUAACGACGACCUGCUGUCAAUAGUCAGAGCUUUCUUCUCCGCCCUUUUGUCCGAUUACAGUUUAAUUGAUGAAGAGCCAGCAAUCAGAACAAAUACUACCAUUUUACUUGGGAAUAUUGCAAGUCACCUAAAUGAAGGGACAAGGAAGAGAGUUUUGAUUAAUGCAUUUACUGUUCGUGCAUUGUGUGAUACUUUCUCGCCUGCCCGAGGAGCAGGGAUCAUGGCUCUAUGUGCCACCAGUGCUUAUUAUGACGUCACUGAGAUUGCAACUCGGAUUCUACCGAACGUCGUUUUACUUACCAUUGAUCCUGACAGGCUCUCGCUUGAUGAACGGUUCAUGAACUUAUUCUUCUGUCUCUCAAGAUUUUGCUUUUUAGGGUGGUUGUUCCUAGGCCGGGUUUAAGCCCCGAUAGAGAGUUUGAUUAAACUAGUGGCCCUGUAAAGUUUGUUCUUACAUAUGAAAUAAUGGCUCAAGUAUGUUUCUUCAUUUUUCCUUCCUCAGUUCUUCCAUCUGUUUGCCUUUUUAGGCAAUCAGAAGAAAUAAUCUUUAUAAUAUUUGCUAUCUACUAAUAAUAUUCACCAUUCCAAAU